AUGCAUGAGUUUGUUGCUGGUGAUAAGUCUCAUGAUCAGUAUAAAGAGAUAUAUGAAAUGGUGGAUGAGAUGGGCAGGGAAAUCAAAAGGGUAGUGUAUGUUCCUACAACACCUCAAGUGUUGCUUGACAUUGAUGAAGAAGAUAAAGAAGAUGCUUUGUAUGGACAUAGUGAAAAGCUUGCCAUAGCUUUUGCUCUUUUGAACACUCCCCCUGGAACAUCAAUUAGGAUUGUGAAGAACUUGCACAUUUGUGAGGAUUGUCACUCUGCUACUAAGUUUAUAUCUAAGGUUUAUAAUAGAGGAAUUGUUGUCAGGGACCGCAAUCGCUUCCACCAUUUCAAAAAUGGUUUGUGCUCUUGUAGAGACUUUUGGUAA